UGCCUCGGAACGACUGGUGGCUGGCACGGCACUCAGAGUAUAUUGCAUCCGGCCCAGCUCGCUUCACCCACUACAUCGAAGACGCAAGCAUUCCGCUUGCCAAGCGCGACUAACUGGUGCACUGGGAUGGCGAGGUCAAGACGGCCUACAGCUUUCAAGCGCAGGAACUGCCGCGUGCAACUUUUCCAACUCCGAAAGCGUACGAAGACCACUACAUCGUCGCGCUGUUGGAGGAGCGCGACAAUGAUAUCCGCAUCACGAAGGAAGCCUUUAAUGCAGAGCAGUCCUACCCUGCCCUGUUCGAGAAGAUGGGUGGCGUGAGGUAUCGUCUCUCUGUCAAACUUCGCGGCGACUUGCCCAACUCCGGUGGGCAAAAAAUCAUUCCGUACAACGGCACCGACAUUUCAGCACGCAUUGCGGGCCUGGACCUUGAUUCUACGGCUGACGACUCCUUUCGUGGUAGAGGCUCCGGCACGACCUUGCACGGCUAUGACUUCAGCAUCGACACCGAGCUCCCUGGAGUGCUGCAAGGUCAUCCCAACUUCGAGAUCGUGGAUCGGGAGAUACGCAGCAUCCACGUUUUCUGGUGCGGCCACAAUGAAGACUUUGCCCGCAAGAUCACCAGCACCAGCCACACUGGCGUAGAAGUGAAAUUGAGGCUUCCUCGUAAACCUCUCAUCAUUGACGACAGCGGGAUUCCGCGCGGUAAAUUCUGCCUCCGCAACAUCAUUGCAGACGAAGAGGGAGCGUACCUCUCGUGCGACUUCCGCGCCCAGUACCUCACCGCCCACCCUGACGACGAGCAAUUUCUUGCACAGGUUGACAGCAUCUUGGAGACUUUCAGCCUCAACAAUUGUCAACGUCGUUUUGUUGAUGCAGCGAUGAGUGGAGUGCGAGCGGCCACGGUGCUGCUUGAAGGCUACCCCGGCUCGGGCAAGAGCCAUGCGCUGGCUUGCCUUAUUGCUGGGCUGAUAAUGAUGAACCAGCGGGUUAUCAUAGGAAGCCAGUCGAACCAUGGCGCCGAUGCACUUUUCGAGCAGCUGGUGGGCAAGCUUAACAGCAUAGCACCGUCUUCCCUUGCACGCCGCUGCAUUCGCCUUCGCAACGAGCGUGACGGGGAGAGACUUGCGAACGACUUCUUCGACGGCCUUCCGAACACACCAGAUUUGUUCCCGUCUUCCGACUACUCGAUGAGCGCCAACAUAGCCGAUGGGUGAGAGACAACCCAGGGCAUACUGAUGCUAUCCAGUACGCUUCACACCUUCGCGCAUGUCGCGACAAGAAGAAAGCGACGUCGCCGCGCAGCUGGCCGCAGAUGUUCAACACCUUGCGUGGACAUGUGAUGUCGAACGCACUUGUAGUCGCCAACACUUGCUUCGUCGGCACCACUCUCGCUGACACAAUGUUCAAAGCAGACGUCGUGAUUUGCGACGAGGCCGGCCAAGCUACCGAGCCGGACCUCAAC